CCCACGCAUCGACAACAACGAAACACCCUCACACACACACACUCUCUCUCUCUCUCUCCCCCAAACCCUAAUCACCAGGCCCCAAACCUCCGCUAAACCCUAGAAAGAUAGAUCCAAUUCGCCCAAAAUGUUGCUGUAAUCCCUUCCAAUUCGCACGACGAAUGGGUUCUUCCCUCCGCCUCCACUCGCCAUGCCUUCCGACGAAGGGUUUCGUCUCCGAUUUCGCCUUCUCCGCCCUUCAAUUGGCUCCUUACGGGUUCUCAAAUGCCUCAAAUAGACGAUUCUCUCCUCGGAUUUGUUUUGCGGGUACGAAGCUCGAAUCGUGGUCGGUUCCUGCGGAUGCAAGCUUGAUCGAUGAUGGGUUCGGCGGUUGGUUCACUAUUAAUCCGGAAUUACAAGAGAGAAAGGUUGUAGGAUCAUGGAAAGCAAUUUUUGUUGGGAUUGGGGCUCCAAUGGCGGUGUUGUUAGCUGCCCUAACAUAUUUCUCAAUGUCAACGAAAGGUUUAAAGCUUUGCCUGACUGCUCCAUUUCAUACACUUUAUGAGAAGUUUGUACCUGGGGAGUCUUCAAGAGAUCCUGAUAAAGAUUUCAGAAACACUGAAGUGGAAGUUAAACAAGAUUCCAAGGGAAAUCAAGAUGUGAAGGUUGAUGCUGAUAAUCUUCCCACUGCAUUUGGAGGUUGCAAACGAGUCUAUGUUCCAUUUUCCCCUGAUUCUGCACAGUUGGAAGCUUUAUCUGUUAUGAAGAAACUACAGAUCAUUGAAAAUGAUGUCAAUGCCGAUGAAUUGUGUACCAGGAGGGAAUUUGCAAGAUGGUUAGUCAAAGUAAACUCGAAGUUAGAGAGGAAAAGAAGGCACAAAAUUAUUCCAAACAUCUUGGUUUCUAGUGCGGCUGCAACUGCUUUUGAUGAUGUGCCUGUUGAUGAUCCUGAUUUCUGGUUUAUUCAGUCACUAGGAGAAUCUGGCAUCGUUGACAGCAAGAUCACAUAUGUCGGUUCUUCAUAUAUUGGUGACUCUGGUGGUCUAGGAAAUUUCUAUUUUUUCCCAGAAAGAUAUUUAUCUCGACUUGAUCUGAUGAGGUGGAAAACCUUUCUAGAGUAUUCGUUCACUCCUGGAAUGGAUGAAAAGAUAUUAAGGGAAGAGGUGGGCAUUUUGGACUUGAGUGCUUGUUCUGAUGUACCAACACAAUUGCUGGUGGACUUUAUGGGUGGUGAAAGGAGCAUACUCAGGAGAGUUUUUGGAAACAUUAGGCUUCUUCAGCCCCAUAAACCUGUAACAAAGGCACAGGCAGCAGUAGCAUUAAUCAGCGGCAGAAUGGCCGAAGUAAUCCGUGCUGAACUGUCACGACUCGAAGCAGAAAAUUCAUCAAGGCUAGCUGAAAUGGAGGAAAUCGGGGCAGAGUUAAUUCAGAGAGGGGAAAUUCAGAGUUAUUGGGAUGAGAAGCUAAAAAAGGAGAUAGACCGUGAAAUUGAGGCCGAGAAGGAUCUUCAGACCGCUUUAGAUGAGUUAGAGAAGGAGAAAUUAGCUCAAGAGGAAAGCAGGGCUUCUUACCUGAAAGAGAGAGCUGCUUUGGAUUGUCAGAAGCAGCUGCUUUCGGCCUUAAGGGAAGAAGUUGACGGGUUGUGCGAUAAGCUUUCUGCUGAGAGAGCUAAUGUUAUGGCCGAGCAACUAAAUUUGGAGAAGUUACACGAUGAUAUGCGAAGCAAGCAGGAUGCGAUAAUUGAAGCCAAGUCGAUAUUGGAAGCCGAGAAAGAGGCUCUCUAUAUUCUCAGGUGCUGGGUAGAAGAGGAGGCAAUGCGGAAUCGGGCUAGAGCAGAAGUUCUGCAGCAGGCUGUGCGCAGAUGGCGAUUCAGCGACGUGUAGUCAAAUUUGAGCAGGUAAGCUCUCUGGGAUUUUACUGCAAUGCAUAAGAGAUCUGAUGCGUAGCAUUUUACAAGUUUAUCUUCUCAUUUUGUUUUCUUUGUUUCUUUGCGCAAUUCAUUUGAUACAGUAUGAAUCCUUUUCGCUGUCAAUAAUAGUGUUAUCAUUCCUUUGGAGAGUUGAAAAUAUGUUUCUUUUUUCCUUUUUUUUUCAGAUAAUUAAGAGUUCCGUUUCGACUAA